AUAUCUGUUGACCGGACUAUAAAAGAGAGUGCGGUUCUCUCGGUUCUCGCAGUUCUACCUCUGAACACGUUGGCGUUGCCCUAGGUGCAGGAAAACGACGUCGCCUGUUACAACAGUUGUUCAAAAUGGCUACAGCGGUAUUCAAUGACUGUACUCUUACGGGUCAACCCUAUGCUAACGUCAGCGAGGCUUGCAAUGGAGGGAUUUGUACCUACAAUCCUCUCUUCUUACUCUUUACUGCCUCGGCGUUGCGCUGUCUUUGUCCCACGGGUCAAAUACCAGAAUAUACAGAUAUUAACAAUGUGACGUGUAGAACGAUUGCUGGAACGCAGUGUCGAUCGGACUUUGACUGUAACUCGAGGACAAGAGAUUGUCUGGGUAUCAGCAUGGGCAACCCGACCUAUUUUGAAGGCACCGGAACUCAACCACCAUUCUCUGCGGAUUUGACAACAUUCUUGUCUCCAUUUGUAACAAUUUUAUGUGGCUUCAACGACAGGCUGAUUCUUGACACAACCCCGUUCUACACGUGUUCGGGCGGGAGCACUACAGCCAUAGGCUCUUGUGUGGAAGUCAGUGGAAUUCCACCGGAGACGACUGUCAGCGUCAAUGGCACUGUCUAUCCACAGGCAAUCAGCCGAGACCUGUUCAGAACGCUGCUCUUCCCAAUCGCAUCGGGAACAUUUACAUCGGGAAUUCCACUGACCAACUAUUUCCUCAACACUUUGACCAGCCUUAUCCCGUUUUAAACAGGGCGCCCUCUUCCGGGUGGCAGGUAAAAGAGGCAUGGAGAUUUAUGAAAACAGUAAUCGCCGAACAUGUAUUUUUACAUAAUGUGGGUGUGACUUCAAUCCUAUAAAACCACGCAGAAAGAGGGCAGUGUGUCACUCGUCCGCUGACCAAUGGACUGGAAAUGGACUGAUAUAUAUGACUGCUGUGCUUGACAGAUAUAAGUUAGAUGUAUAUUUAUUUGAUGAUAAGUAGCUUUGAGCAAAAAUGAGGGGAAAAUUCUGCCAACUGACAUUCAAUCACCUCAGAAACAGCUCAUCUAAUAAACCCUAUUUUAUAUACAUGUGCUUUAGUAACCCCUCCCCCCCCCCCAACACACACACACACACACACACACACAUUCCUUGGAUGUGUCAGUUUGCACCGAGUAGCAUUUACGUCAUACUUAAUAUAUAUAUUCAUUUAUUUAUUCACAUAUCUCCUUGCAUUUCUGACCAAAAAUUAGAUAACAUUCCAAAGAAAUUGCAAAAUUGCAAAUAAGAAGUUUAUUGUCCUUCACAUGACCUGAGCUCGAGCCAACCGCUAUGUCAAAUAUUUUCUCCGAUCCGUCACCUCAAAUCCUUCACAUUCAUUUUUGUUCUUUACCUCCAUGUGGUUACCGUUGUCCUAGAACACCUUGAUAUUUAUCGGGUUUAAUAAAUAUAUGUAUUUAUGCGAGAAGGACAUCCAGUUCACAUACAGUGCAAUCUGCAGUUGAUACAUGUAAUUUAGUCUGCGAACUAUUAGCAUUUAAAAUGAACCAUCAUUAUCUUCAAUAGCAUGUGGUUAGUUUUCGCCACUGAUUAGAGCUGCAUAUCAACACAGAGUUUAAGGAAGUAGAGUAUGCUAUUUAAUUUGCAUAAUUAUGUGAUUAACAUAAUUACAUAAUUCUUGUACAGAAGUGCACGGGUGCACUUUAGGGACAUCUUUUUCGUCCUUUUCCGCUUCCUUAAAUGAAAAAGCGACAAAAGUACCGUCAGCAUUUUAGAAAAUAAAGUAUCGGCAGAUUUGAAAUUGCUA